AUGGCGAGCUUGAUGACGAAGAAGGAGAUCGGGCAGACCCACGACGUGCUCCGGUUCGGCGUCAACGACAGCAUCAGGGGCGACCUCGCGCCGCCGCACCCCAUCCAGGCCACCAUCCAUAAGGAGACCAAGUUCUGGGAGGAGAAGAAGAGGUUCGGGACCGAGGCCAUCUACGGGUCCGCCUUCAACAUCCGCAACGAUCUGGACGCACAAAUCCUCUCCAGGUUCGCUCUCUCGCCGCCCCCGUUCCAAAGGCCCCCAGGUGCAUUGCCAUCAUCUAUGCUAGGAUAUGAGGCAAUGACAGGUUCCUUGGAUGAUUUUGGAUUUGAAGAUUACCUUAACUUGCCUCAAGACUCUGACAGCCUGCGCAUACCGGACAUGCACCACGGGAUGGAGGUUCGGCUUGGCCUGUCCAAGGGGCCUGUCUGCCCCAGCUUCAGUUGA